AUGGCGGCAGAGGAGAGUACCGCACAUGGGGUAGCCGUGCAAGAUGCUUCUAAGCCGGAGCUCGUCGAGGGUGUUGCCCACGAGAAACCGGUCGUCGGCAUAGACGAGGCGGAUGCACCCGUGACGGCGACGGCCCUGGCUUCGAGAUUGCAGCACCUCUCUCUGUCGGCCCAGACUAUCCACGCCGACGACUUCCUCAACUCCCACCAGUCCGUCGCUCCGCCCAUGCACGUCUCGACCACGUUCCGGUAUAGCGACGACCCGGACGAGCUUGAGCCGUGGACUAACAUCAACCCCAACAACCCCUACGACUCGCACGUCUACUCCCGCGACUCCGCCCCCAACACCACGCGCCUCGAAGCCGUGCUCACCUCCAUCCUGCACGGCCCCGCCCUGACCUACUCCUCGGGCCUCUCCGCCUUCCACGCCCUGCUCGUCUUCCUCAACCCCAAGCGCGUCGCCAUCACCGACGGCUACCACGGCUGCCACGGCGUCAUCAAGGUCCUCGCCAAGCUCUCCGGCCUGGCCACCGUCCCCCUCGACGAGGACGGCCUGGCCCGCCUGCAGCCCGGCGACCUCGUGCACGUCGAAACCCCCCUGAACCCCACCGGCGAGGCCCGGAACCUCAAAUGGUUCGCCGAGCGGGCCCGCGCCAAAGGCGCCUGGCUCAGCGUCGACGCGACCCUCGCGCCGCCCCCGCUGCAGGACCCGCUCGCCUGCGGCGCCGACGUGGUUAUGCACAGCGGUACCAAGUACUUCGGCGGCCACAGCGACAUGCUGUGCGGCGUGCUCGCGGUGCACCCGCGGCACGCGGGCACGUGGGUCCCCGGGCUGCGGGAGGAGCGGCUGGUGCUGGGGUCGGUGAUGGGGAGCUUCGAGGGGUGGUUGGGCGUGCGGAGCCUGCGCACGCUGGAGGUGCGGGUGCGGAAGCAGAGCGCGGACGCGGAGAAGCUAGUGGCUUGGCUGGCGGGGGAAGCGAGCAAGGGAGGAGAAAGCGAAAGCGUAGUCGGGGCCGCGGUAGCCGAGGUGCGGCACGCGAGCCUGCAGAAAUCCGCGGGGGAGCAGGAGGAGGGGGGGUGGCUGAGGGAGCAGAUGCCGCGGGGCUACGGCGCGGUGUUCGCGGUGUACCUGCGGUCGGCGGACGACGCGCGGCGGCUGCCGAGCAAGCUGACGCUGUUCCACCACGCGACGAGCCUCGGGGGCGUGGAGUCGCUGGUGGAGUGGCGGGCGAUGACGGACGCCGGGGUCGACAAGAGGCUCCUGCGGUUCAGCAUCGGGCUCGAGGGGUUCGAGGACCUGCGGGACGACCUGGUGCGCGGGUUCGAGGCGCUGAGGGCCGAGAGGGCGAAGAGGGACGCGGCUGGGAAAGUCGCGGCUGGUGGUGCGAAUUUGAUUGGUGGGGUGUGA